AUGGCCAAUCUCCCUACUUCAAUGAAAGCGCUAGUCCUCAAAGGCCCAGGAAAUGGUGCCAUUGAGACCGCGCCAGUCCCGCAAGCCUUACCCGGCAGCGUCAUCGUUCGUGUUCUGCACGUUCUUGUAUACCAGAUAACACCAGAUGUGUUUCAUGGCACCGUUGCGAAUCCCAACAUGACUCUGCCUUAUCCAGUGGUUUUUGGUAGUCCUGCUAUUGGCCGUGUUGCCGCUAUUGGGCCCGACACUACUGCAUUCAAACCGGGCCAGCUCGUGCUCAUCGACACAAACCUGCGGGCCCGUGAUGAUCCCAAUGUUUCUGCAGUUUGGGGUGCCUUUGACGGUUUUGACGAGACGACCAAGCGCUUCGUCAAAGAAUCUUGGCGAGAUGGUGCCUGGGCUGAGUAUGUCCGGGCGCCAUUGGAGAGUACUUGGGCACUGGACGAAAACAAACUUAUUGGAAACUUGGGACUCAAGACUGAGGAUCUCCUCCACCUGGGGCUUCUGCCCGUUAUGUAUAGCGGACUCCGCAAGAUUGACGUCAAGGCCGGAGAGACGGUUCUGAUUGCACCGUCAACAGGAGUCUUUAGCGGUGGCUGUAUUGCUGUGGCUCGAGCGAUGGGCGCGAAUGUCAUUGCCGGUGGCCGCAAUGAAGAGAGUCUAAACGCCCUGAAAGCUCGCUUCCAUGGGAUUCAAACAGUCAAGCUAACUGGAGAACCCAGCGACGUGGCUUCUAUACAAUCUUUUGGCAAAAUUGAUGCUUUUGUGGACUUGGGACCAAGCGCUGCUACAGGAUCGACGUAUCUUGGUUCGGCUAUACUCUCUGUUCGCAAAGGUGGCCGAGUAUGCCUUCUUGGAGGCCGCGCAGAUGCCGCUUUGCCAGCGCCUUAUCUAGCAGUGAUGUUCAACGACAUAACAAUUCGGGGAUCGUGCAUGUUUGAGGCAGAGCAUGUUCGAGGGCUGAUUAAGAUGGUCGAGGCGGGCAUUUUGAAGCUUAAUGGAGAGGGUGGUUUUGAGGUGUUGGCGUCGUAUCCGUUUGAGGCGUAUGCUGAAGCGCUAGAGCGAGGUCGAGAUAUCUCGGUUGGAAAAAUUGUUGUUGUAAAUAUCUAA